AGUAAUGCUUGAUGAUGCUGUGUAGAGAUACAGAAUCCUGUGUGACCUGUAAGCUGAUCCAUCAGGUUCAAGGAAGCAGAGAGCUAAGGCAGAUUAUUGGGGCAUUCUUAUCAGCUAUAAAUGAGAAUCGCUCUGUAACCGAUUAACCUGAGUAAAGAGUCCGUGUCAGUCUCCCUGUGGUACAUUAGCAGUAUCUGCUUCAAAGUACAAGCCGGAACCCAUCAAAGGCAAGGUUCUGAAAGACAGAAACUGAACCGAGGAAGGCCUUUACAGCACCGUACGGGAUUGCAGGAUGAAAGCACAAUGUCUGAUGACAGCAAGAUGACCCUCAAUCUUCUCUUGCUUGGAAAGACACAGAAUGGCAAAAGCGCUAUGGGAAACACCCUCCUAGGCAGCACAGACUUUGCCAGCUGCCUUUCCCCAUGCUCUGUGACCACAUCCUGCAGUCUAGGCCGCAGCUGUCUCAUUUCGGGCUUUGCACGUCGGCAAGGUGGUGAGCUCAAUGUGCAGCUCUGUGUGCUGGACACUCCUGGAUACCCUCACAGCAGCCUGAGCAGAGAGCAGGUACUGCAAGAGGUGAAAAGUGCUUUAGUCCAGCAUUUUGGAGAAAAAGGCCUGCACUUGGCAUUUUUGGUCCUGAGAGCUGAUGUCCCAUUGUGUGAGGAGGAAGAGGACCCCACAAUCCAGCUACUCCAGGAACUCUUGGGUCCAAACUGGAAGAGUUAUACUGUCAUCUUAUUUACUCAUGCCGACCAGAUUGAAGAGGCGGGAUUCACUACAGAACAGUAUUUGCAUACUGCCUCGGACACGCUACUUAAACUCAUGCAAUCAGUACAGCAAAAGUACAUUUUUGUAGACAAUCAUGCAACGUCACUAAAACAGGAAAACCUAAACAUUUUAAGGAAAAUUUUGGCAUUUCUGAGGCAAAACAGUUACCAGACCCUUCUAUUAAAAUAAAUGAUGCGAAUGUAAACAACUUAUUUACUUUCAGCUUCUGACAGAUGUUUGCUGCCUACUGUUGCACUUUCCCUUUUGUGUCUUGUCUUUCAGCUUUAAAAGUCUUUGGGCAGAGAUUUACGUAUUUUUAUAGUGAGAAAACAUCUAGUACAAAUCUAAACACAACAAAAAUAACCUGUAUUAAGUCUUGAGUAUUAUUUUAAGUACUAUAAUGUACAUUCUGCAAUUAGUGCCAUUAGAAAUAGUGAAUCAAUGUCUCAGCUCACACAUAUUAUACUAUAAAUUUAAAGCAAACUAUGCUUUAAUGUGAACAAGCACCAUGCUCAUACACACUACUCAAAAAAUCCCAUGCUGCUCCGCUUCUGCUGUGCUACCAUCAAAACAAGCCAGAUUGUGGCUUGACAUACCAUCUGCACCUUGGCUCAUGGUUUUCCCCCCAAACAAACCAAAAGCAGCAUUCCCAGAACAAACCAUAGGAAAUAAACCACAACCCCGUCCAGAUGAAAGUUUUGAGCAGCGCACAUCAGCAUGCUGCUCAACCAUUAAACCAUAGCUUGCUUUAAACUAUGGUUCAAUAUGUUAAAUCAGGCCAAUAUCUUGAUUUUUAGAUUAAAAAUAUAGUUUGCAAUGAAUGAGACACACAAAAGAGAGGAACUAGUUAGCAUGUCAUCUAAAGGUCUUGCUUCUACUGCGUACCAGUUUCUCUUAACUCCGUUUCUAGACAGUCUGUUCACAGGGAAAGACCAGAGAGAAGAUGCCUGCUAGACAAUCUGGUCAUCAUUUGCUAACCUGUCAGCAUUCACCUAAAAUUGCAUUAUAAAGUAAUUAGUAAUGGUAGAUAACCUCAGUGUGAUGCCAUCUAAUCCAAAUAUAUUACUGAACUCAUUAAGGCUUCAGAAGGAGGAGGUACAAUGUAAAGAAAGGUAGCUAUACCUAAACAAUCAUACAAUUGAAUGCUUAAAUCCUUUACAUUCAAAGGAACUUUGGAGCACUUAAUCUCUCUAAAGUUUGCCCAGCAACUUUAAUACCAGACUACUUAGCUUAUAACUAAGUUCUAUGGAAAAAAUGGGCCUUAUUUCCACAACGUAUGUCCAGGAUCAAAUCAAAGUCUCCUGCACUCAACCCUAGAUCUUUGUCUCUUCCACCUCACUCAUUGGCUGAACACUUCCAAUCAAUGCUGUACUUCUCUGAAUCACAAAAUUGAUUCAACAAGGGGUAGUCAUUGGCUUGGACAUGUUAAACCAUAGUUGAAAAUAAACAAUUGGUUAAUGUGCAUCGGAGGUUUUCUCUUACUCUGCUCCUGACUAUGCUGCAGGGAAAACAAGCCGGAGUCCAGCUUGUUGACAUGCGAACCCAGGGUUGCAGUUUGUUGCAGGGGAGAGACAAAUCUCUGCUGCACAUUAAACCAAUAUGUUUAUUUUAAACUAUGGUUUAAUGUUACAUGCAGCUCCAACCACUACGGCCAUAUUAGCUAAAUGGACCAGGUUUUGCUUUUUCUCACAUACAUACCCUAACCUACUUUCUCCCAGACCAUUUGUAAUUAACCAA